UUUCACUGCUCCCCACUGGAUGGGGGUAAUGUGUUGUUGUUGGUAUGUUCCCCUGCCAGUCUAAAUUUGGAGAAGACGGUGAGAGUAUAUUCCCUUGAUGGUGGCAUAAUAAAUGAACUAAACUAACUAAAAAACUGGUGGAACAAAGCAGUCAGUGGGAGGACGAGCCACAGCUCACAAGCAUUGUUGAAGUGUGAAGAUUUACCUGAGGGCCACUAAGACUAGUGGCCUCGACGAGGCCACAGGAUGGGUAUGGAUCCCGGUAGUACCAUCUGGUUCGAUCUCAACUUACUCAGGAAUUCCGUGUUUGAAUUCCGGCCGGAACAAGAUUAGAUAACAGCAAAACAAGACCAAAGGACUCGUUCGUAUCAAUGUGAAAAAUGUAAGGUUGUUGAUUAUUAUUCUUGUUUUAAAGAAUAACAUAAACAUCCUUGUCUUGUCUGAGGCAGAGAGAGAGAGAGAGAGAGAGAGAGAGAGAGAGAGAGAGAGAGAGAGAGAGAGAGAGAGAGAGAGAGAGAGAGAGAGAGAGAGAGAGAGAGAUACAUGCCACCAUGUAUGAAGAUGCACACAAUCACCACUGUAUUGUAGUGGUCGAUGAGAGAACAGAUGGUGAUAGUUCAGAGGCGUCGGUUCAAGUUGUGCGGGUGGAGGAGAACCCAAGAUCCAAACUGAAGUGUGUGCGUAACAAAGAGACGGUGAAUGCCAUUCACAUGUCAGAUGGAGAAAGAAUGGAAGUAGUGCAUAUGGAUGAUGGCGUAACAGUGCAAGUUAUUCACCUGAAUGGUGGCCAAACUCUUGAAGUAAUGCACAUUGAUGCAGAAAAACAUUCAAAAGUGAUUCAUGUUGAUGGUAGUAACAGUAUAGAGCUUAUCAGUGAGAGUGAGAUAAUGAAAGAACCGGUUGUUACAACAUUUGCUCCUGUGUCAUUUGCCAAAAGAAAAGAAAAGCCGUUGCUAGAGUGCCAUUGUCCCCUAUCAAAUCUACCGAACACAAUAGCAACGCAGACGGACCCGUGUGAUGGCUGCGGACCUAGCAUGAAUCUGCUGUUCAGCACAUUUUUUAUAGAUGGCAGUGUUGAGACUCAAUGUGAUAUGCCUACACGAUGUGAUGCAAGUGUCUCAACUGUCAGUCAAACGUGUUGUGGGGAACAACCUGAACUUCUGAUUAAUGGUGAUCACACACGAGACAGGUUUCCAUUAUCGGUCAAGAUGGAAAGACAAGAUGGGUAUGAUUCUCAAACAGCAGGUGUAAGAUUCUCCAGAAGCGGUCGAAUCCUGAAGAGUAAAGGCCCAUUGUUUAAAAUGGACUCCAGCUUGGGGAAAAGAGUCAGGGAUUGUGAUAAUGAUUUCGAGCUACAAGGAGAUGAAAAUUAUUUAGAAAAAGCAGAUCAUCGAAGCUCAUUUUAUAGGAAGAAGAGAGGAAGAAAAAAAAAAAGACGUCUUCCAUCUCCAGAUGAUGCUGGUGAAAAAUUAGAGCUUGCGAAUAAUGAUAAAACUGAUGGCAUAAAGAAAGAAGUUGACAUAAAAGAAGAACCAUUAGAAGUAACUGAUGAUUUAACUAUGGAAAUUUCUGACAUCAAAGAAUAUGGAUUAAAAGCAAAUCAGCAAUCAAAGAAAUCGAGAGUACUCUACGUAACGGAAAAGAUCGUUAAAAAACAUUCUGUGAAAACUCGAAAGUUAACAUGUCAGACUUGUAAACAAAUAUUCUCAACAUUUUCACUAUUACAACAGCAUGCCAAAGAGAAGCAUAAUUCUACUGAGUUUGCAUUCCCAUGUAAUUUGUGUGGUAUGCUAUUCACAAGACCACAUAAUUUGGAGCGUCACAAGGACACUAAGCACAACGAUGGCAAAAAACAAUUUGUUUGUGAACAUUGCGGGCGUAUGUUUGGACGGAUUGAUAUUCUUUUGGUACACAUUUCAAUGGUUCAUAAGAAAGGGUCUUCAGUUCUUGAACCAAGUGUAUUACGCUGUACCAGUUGUGAAAAACUAUUUUCCAAAGAACACAAGUUCAGGCAACAUAGGGAAGGAAAUUUAGCAUGCAGUGACUGUGCAGUAUCCUUUGAUUGUAAAACAUCUUUGAGAAUACAUCAGUACAGCCAACAUCCAGUAGAGUGUAAUGAAUGUGGAAAGGUCUGUGACAGUAAGCAUAAACUGUAUUUUCAUCGCUUGACCCAUGCACCCAAGUAUGGGUGUAAACAUUGUGGCAAAGGUUUUUUAAGAAAAUCUGAGUUUACUGUCCACAUUGCAACACAUACUGGGGAAAAGCCUGUCACAUGUGAUAUUUGUGGUAAAUCAUUUGCUCACAAACUUGCUGUUGGUAAGCAUAAGCGGCAGUCACACAAUGAAAGCAAUAAAAAGCUAAAGUGUCAGACUUGUGGUAAAUCUUUUGCAUAUAAAGGGAAACUGGAGUUGCAUAUGAGAACUCACACUAAAGAAAAACCAUUUUUGUGUCAUCACUGCCCAUCUACCUUCUCCCAACAAUGUAACCUGACAGCUCACAUAAAGAGUGUUCAUGGGGUGUACAUCCAUUCCAUGAAGAGUGAUGGAACGAAGCAAACUAAGCUUUUAAAAUAUAAACGUGUCAAAAGAAAGGGACACCUUGAGUCUUCAACAUCUGCAAGUAACACUGAGAAAGUUCUAAAAGUUGGAGAUGCAGUUCCAAGGCGAUGUGAAAUUGUUAUCGAGGAGCAAGUUCACACGUCCGAGUUGUCCGAAACGGAAGCAGCAGUUCACCAAAUUGUGACUUCUCACUAGUCAAUGUUUUCAUUCCAUUGAUCAAUUUUAAUCGGGUGAAUAUCUUUGUGUGUGCGUAUUAUAACUGCUUCACCUCUCAGUACUGGCUUGUGCAAAUGAUAUAAAGAUUAUUUAAAGA